AUGUGCAGGGGUGGGUUUCCUCCUCUCUGAUUUUGAUUGACAGCCGGCAGAGUAGUCUGAUUGGCAACUGAGUAAAGAACGAAGGUGAUUGGUGGAUCGUUGCAAAGCACAUGCAAAGUCACAUGCAGUGUAUCUCAGUCGGCUACCCUUGAAAUUAGAUGAGUUCAUUCACCUCCGACAUCGCAGGCUCUGCGAUGUGACUAUGGCGUACAAGUACAUCUCGAUGACGAUGCUCAAACGAUAUAUUGUGCAGGCCUACACUGACUUCAUGUUUUCUCAUCUCUCCUUUUCACAGCACGUACCACACCUGAGGCCAAGAUAGGUCACUAUCUAUUUGGCAGCUCCACUUACUGCAUUCAUGAGUUUAUUGGUGAGGGAGUAUAUGGAAAAGUGGCCAAGUGCAGAAAUCUGGCCACAAAGGAGAUGGUGGCUGUUAAGAUCCUGAAGCAGAGCAGUGAGUUGACAGCAAGCAUGAAGAAUGAGGUAUGUUUUUGGACACCUUUAAUUUCUGCACUUCACAGCAAAUGUAGUCAGUUUCUGAAGCCGCCCCCUUACCAUACAUAGACCUGUAACUAUGUCUCCUGCUCUAACCCCAGAUAUUCAUACUGACGGCACUGUCUGCGCUCGAUCCGGACCGUAUUAAUGUGGUCAAAUUGUUCGAGCAUUUUGAGGACAGGGAUAGGACUUGUCUUGCUUUUGAGAUGCUCGAAACGAAUCUCCACGAGUUCAUCGCAAAUCACAACUAUAAGCCACUGAGUCUGCAGAUCAUCCGGCCGAUAGCAAAUCAGGUACAUGCUGAACAACAGUCUAAUUACACAACCAAUUUUACCUUGUUUCACUUCCUCAAUUCUAAAAACCUGUUGGGAUGCUGCAUACAGACAUUUUUUUAUGAGACAGUAUGACUUUGAAAGUGAUUUGUCAACCAUCUGAAUCUGUUUUCAUCAACAUUACUCAUAGUCCUAACUUUGUUUGGAUUGUGGUUGACAUGUAUACUACAUGUUGGUAAAAAUCAACCCCACACAGGAGCUAAUGAAUUCUUAAUGCUGUAUUUUGUCCUGCUUGAUUUUUGCUGCAGCUGCUGGUGGCCUUUGAUGCCCUAAAGUUUUUUGGGAUCCUGCACGGCGACCUCAAGGCUGACAACAUCAUGAUAGUUCACCGGCGGAACCGGCCCGUGAGGGUAAAACUUAUUGACUUUGGUCUUGCCAAGAUGCCCUCAGAAGUCAGACCUGCGAUGGUGCUUCAGGCAAUUGGGUACAGGUGGGUUCAUCCUUUACAGAUCAUGAGUCAGUCUUACAGAAUUCAUGUCAAUCAUCUGACUUUUUCUUUUGGUUGACAAAGAUCACUGACAUUUUUCAUCACCUUUGGCCCUGAUCUCUCUCUUCCUUAGGGCUCCAGAAGUUUCCCUCGGCCUGCCCUUUAACGAGGCCAUAGAUAUGUGGGGAUUAGGAUGUACACUGGCCUGUCUGUACCUGGCUAGACACCUCUUCCCUGUGAAUAGUGAAUAUCAGAUGGUAUGUGAUCUCCCUCAAUCAAAGUAGCGACUUUAUUCAGGAUGUCAGCUCAUGUUAAUCUUAAUGAUGUUAAAAGCAAACUCAAAACUUUUUAGUCUUACUCAUAACUUAGUUUUAUAUUGUUAACUUUAAGUGUUUUAGCAUUUAUCUCUUCUAGUUUUAAUGACAGGAUCAUCUUUUAUUGGGCUAUUUUGGUGCUCUUAUUUCAGUAUCUUUUACUGUUUUUUAUUUCAUUUAAUUGAUUUCUUUUUAGAUUUCAUUUGAUGUAACUUUGUUUUUUAGAUUUUAACAUAAACUCCCAGUGUUUCUUUAUCUUUUAAUUUAAAAAUAGCGUUUCCUCAGUGCGCACAUUCCUGUUUAUAUGAAAUUGAGCCCUUUUUAAGUUCAUGCAUUUUAAUACAUGUUUCUAUUGUGCUUAGAUUGUGGGGUGGGAAUGAGGCGUUGGGUUGGGGUAGAUUAGGGUUUUCUUUGUUUCUUUUAUUCCUCUGCUGUGUAAAGCACUUUGUGCUACAUUGUUUUUUUUAAUGAAAAGUGCUAUACAAAUAAAGACUGACUGAUUGAUUAAGUGUACAUUUUAUCUGCAGAUGAAGAGAGUGGUAGAGCUCCUGGGCCAGCCAAAAGAUUACAUGCUGGAAGAGGGGCUUUUCACCGAGAGCUUCUUCCAUGAGGUGGACGGGUCAUGGAGGCUACUGGUAGAGAACUUUGUUCCUUUUUUUUUUGUUUGACAGACUAAAUUAUGUCAUUUUCAGCUCUUUUAAAUGCUUUUCAUGUGUAUUUGACUCACUUAGAUGCCUGAAGAACACACAGUGACCGGUAAAGUGAACCGUGACCAGCUGAGCUGUCUGGAUGAUCUGGUGGAUGUAGGUAGUCUUUGCUUGGUUUCAUGAGUGGUGUCUAAAUAGUCAACAUGGUUCUCUGAUUGUUUUACCUGAAUCUGUUUCCUUUUUCAGAUCCGGCCCAAAAAGGGGAAGGCUGAAUACCAGGACAGGAAGGCAUUUGUGGACCUGCUAAAAGGGCUGCUGCAUAUUGAGGGUGACAAAAGGCUCACCCCUGAAGAAGCUCUGCAGCACCCUUUUAUUACAAUGUCCCACCUGGUCGAGGACCCCCACAGCAGAGUAUAGUAAGUGACAGUGAUAGUCAUUCCAGUGGUUUAUUGUUGAAACAUAUGUAACAGAGAUUUAAAAAAAAAAAUGACUGAUGAACUCACAAAAUGAUUUUUCUGUUUCAUCCAGUCUGGCUGAGGCACAAACUCUAAAAGACCAUCUGGGGGCCUCAGCAGACAGGUUGGACAUCUCUGCUGUCCUCGAUUCAGUCCUAAGAUCGGCAACCGAAUCACCAGAGAGCAGAGAAGAUGCUGAGGCUGAUGAGCCAUUAAAAGAGGAAGAUGUGUUUGCUUCAUCUCGAAACGAUGAGCCAGAGAUAGACUCAGUGCAGAGCACCUGCAUCCCACCACCCUGUUCUGACAGUGAGGACUCGGGUCCGUCCUCCUGCCAUGAACAGACUUUGACGGACUCCACUCCAGCAGCUCCAGCCUCCUCUGGACGGGGGAAAAAGAUCCUGAGGAGGAUUUCUAAAUUCCUUAGGCGUGUGGCCAAGACCCUCUGUUGCUGCUGCAAUGUGGAGGACUGAGGCAUCUCUGUGAUCAGAGACCCCUAACCCCUACCCCUUACCCUAUCCCCUAACCCUCACCCCCUAACCCUUGUAGUGGGGUGCCUGGACACUCAUUCCAAAUGAGGGAGUAUAUGGAAAAGUGGCCAAGUGCAGAAAUCUGGCCACAAAGGAGAUGGUGGCUGUUAAGAUCCUGAAGCAGAGCAGUGAGUUGACAGCAAGCAUGAAGAAUGAGGUAUGUUUUUGGACACCUUUAAUUUCUGCACUUCACAGCAAAUGUAGUCAGUUUCUGAAGCCGCCCCCUUACCAUACAUAGACCUGUAACUAUGUCUCCUGCUCUAACCCCAGAUAUUCAUACUGACGGCACUGUCUGCGCUGGAUCCGGACCGUAUCAACGUGGUCAAGUUGUUCGAGCAUUUUGAGGACAGGGAUAGGACUUGUCUUGCUUUUGAGAUGGUCGAAAAGAAUCUCCACGAGAUAAUCGCAGAGCACGACUAUGAGCCACUGAGUCUGCAGAUCAUCCGGCCGAUAGCAAAUCAGGUAUAUGCUGAACAACAGUCUAAUUACACAACCAAUUUUACCUUGUUUCACUACCUCAAUUCUAAAAACCUGUUGGGAUGCUGCAUACAGACAUUUUUUUAUGAGACAGUUUGACUUUGAAAGUGAUUUGUCAACCAUCUGAAUCUGUUUUCAUCAACAUUACUCAUAGUCCUAACUUUGUUUGGAUUGUGGUUGACAUGUAUACUACAUGUUGGUAAAAAUCAACCCCACACAGGAGCUAAUGAAUUCUGAAUGCUGUAUUUUGUCCUGCUUGAUUUUUGCUGCAGCUGCUGGUGGCCUUUGAUGCCCUAAAGUUUUUUGGGAUCCUGCACGGCGACCUCAAGGCUGACAACAUCAUGAUAGUUCACCGGUGGAACCGGCCCUUGAGGGUAAAACUUAUUGACUUUGGUCUUGCCAAGAUGCCCUCAGAAGUCAGACCUGCGAUGGUGCUUCAGGCAAUUGGGUACAGGUGGGUUCAUCCUUUACAGAUCAUGAGUCAGUCUUACAGAAAUUAUGUCAAUCAUCUGACUUUCUCUUUUGGUUGACAAAGAUCACUGACAUUUUUCAUCACCUUUGGCCCUGAUCUCUCUCUUCCUUAGGGCUCCAGAAGUUUCCCUCGGCCUGCCCUUUAACGAGGCCAUAGAUAUGUGGGGAUUAGGAUGUACACUGGCCUGUCUGUACCUGGCUAGACACCUCUUCCCUGCGAAUAGUGAAUAUCAGAUGGUAUGUGAUCUCCCUCAAUCAAAGUAGCGACUUUAUUCAGGAUGUCAGCUCAUGUUAAUCUUAAUGAUGUUAAAAGCAAAUUCAAAACUUUUUAGUCUUAAUUAUAACUAAAUUUAUAUUGUUAACUUUAAGUGUUUUAGCAUUUAUCUCUUCUAGUUUUAAUGACAGGAUCAUCUUUUAUUGGGCUAUUUUGGUGCUCUUAUUUCAGUAUCUUUUACUGUUUUUUAUUUCAUUUAAUUGAUUUCUUUUUAGAUUUCAUUUGAUGUAACUUUGUUUUUUAGAUUUUAACAUAAACUCCCAGUGUUUCCUUAUCUUUUAAUUUAAAAAUAGCGUUUCCUAUGUGCACACAUUCCUGUUUAUAUGAAAUUGAGCCCUUUUUAAGUUCAUGCAUUUUAAUACAUGUUUCUAUUGUGCUUAGAUUGUGGGGUGGGAAUGAGGCGUUGGGUUGGGGUAGAUUAGGGUUUUCUUUGUAUCUUUUAUUCCUCUGCUGUCUAAAGCACUUUGUGCUACAUUGUUUUUUUUUAUUGAAAAGUGCUAUACAAAUAAAGACUGACUGAUUGAUUAAGUGUACAUUUUAUCUGCAGACGAAGAGAGUGGUAGAGCUCCUGGGCCAGCCAAAAGAUUACAUGCUGGAAGAGGGGCUUUUCACCGGGAGCUUCUUCAAUGAGGUGGACGGGUCAUGGAGGCUACUGGUAGAGAACUUUGUUCCUUUUUUUUUUGUUUGACAGACUAAAUUAUGUCAUUUUCAGCUCUUUUAAAUGCUUUUCAUGUGUAUUUGACUCACUUAGAUGCCUGAAGAACACACAGUGACCGGUGAAGUGAACUGUGACCAGCCGAGCUGUCUGGAUGAUCUGGUGGAUGUAGGUAGUCUUUGCUUGGUUUCAUGUGUGGUGUCUAAAUAGUCAACAUGGUUCUCUGAUUGUUUUACCUGAAUCUGUUUCCUUUUUCAGAUCCACCCCAAAGAGGGGGAAGCUGAGUACCAGGACAGGAAGGCAUUUGUGGUCAAGGCAUUUGAUGGGAAUGAGGCGUGGUCAAGGCAUUUGAUGUCCAACCUUUCGGUUGGACAUCUCCAGAGACAGACUCAGUGCAGAGCACCUGCAUCCCACCACCCUGCUCUGACAGUGAGGACUCGGGUCCGUCCUCCUGCCAUGAACAGACUUUGA